UUUGAUGCAUGCGGAAGUGACGCACGCAGAGUAGGAGUAGGAGUAUAGAGUGGUGGUAGGGAGGGAGGGAGGAGUAGGAGCAGUACAGUGCGGUUUGGCUGCGACUGUGCCCCCCUCCGUCCGUCCCCUAGCUCGCCUGCUUUUCUCUCACCCUCCCUCCGCCCCCCUCUUCAUCACUCCCCCUCCCUCGUCUCUCUCGCCGGGCCAUUCCUCUUUGCAGAGCGCGUGCGUCGGAGAGAGACGGAGAGAGAGAUAUUCCUGCUGGUGGAGAGAGUACGUGCCUAGCAGCAGGAGUAGCAGGGAGCAGGCGGCAGAAGCAGAAGAGGAAAACGAGAAAGGCGGUUGGCGGCCGGCGAUGCUACGGAGGAUGGUGUCCGACCAGGGCCCGGGCUCCGCCGGAGGCAGCGGAGGAGACGCCAGGCCCCGCGGCGGCGGCGGCGGGGGCGCGCUGUUCGCCGUGCCGAGGCUGUUCAUCGGGCUCGCGGCCGCCAAGCGCGCGCCGGACGAGUCGGAGCGGAGCCCGACGUCGCCGCUCGACCCCAAGGCGCUGCUGCUCCGCUCGCCGCGCUCGCCGAGGACCUGGGACGCCGAGCCGGUGGGGCUCGGCCUCGUGGUGGACGUCGCCCUCGCGGCCGGCGCCGACGCCGCCGCCGCCAAGACCUGCGUGCUCAGCCCGCGCCUGCGCCUCAGGACGCACGGCUGCGCCGGCUCCACCGCCAAGGGCUGCGGCGGGGGCGGCCACUCGCAGCCGGAGCUCGGCGGCAAGACCAUCUCCUGCCCGGCCUCGGCCACCGCCGGCAUGUCGGUGCCCUGCAGCAGGUUCUUCCACGAGGAUCUCAAGUCUGGUCCGGAGGCCGGGCAGCCGGACGGCGCCCACUCCGGCGCCAAGCGGCAUUGCUUCCACCUCGGCGAGCUCCCGGGGCCGGGGUCCCUGCCGGCGUCGAUCGCCGGCGGCCCCCGGCGGUUCGUCGGGUCCGUCUCGGCGAGCGAGGUGGAGCAGUCGGAGGACUACACCUGCAUCAUUGCCCGCGGCCCCAACCCCAAGACGACCCACAUCUUCGGGGACUGCAUUCUGGAGCCCCAGACGACGGUCGGGAAGAGCGACGAGGCCGCCGUGGAACCCAAGGACGGAGCUUCCGCCAAGUCCUACCUGGUGGUCAAGCGCGCCACCGAGGCCGCCGCCGGCCCGGGCGAGGACUUCCUGAGCUCCUGCUUCACCUGCACGAAGAAGCUGGAGGGGAACGACAUUUACAUCUACCGUGGGGAGAAGGCAUUCUGCAGCGCCGAGUGCCGGGACCAGGAGAUCAUGAUCGAAGAGGAAGCCGAGAAAUGCAUGGCCACGGGAGGCUCCCCUCGCUCCUCCUGCUCGUCCCUGCACGAGGACAUCUUCAUGGCCGGCAUGAUGGUGGCGACAUGACCCCCCGCGACGAUGGCCCGACCGAGAUGCCGUCUUCUUCGCCUCGACAAGCACGCACGCACUCAAUUUUUCCCCUUGCUAGCUACAACCAGGGGAUGGGGGUGAUCAGUUCACAGAUCAAUCGAUCCAUCACCAGUGCGUGCACAUUGCCGUUGCUGUUUUUGAUUCAGCAGCUGAAGAGGAGUCGACGAGGAAGAAGGAGCGGCGUUCUUGGCGGGUCAUUGUCACUUGUGGGGGUUGGAUCAGCCGAGCUGAUCAGCUGAGCUGCUGCUGCCAUUUUUACCAGCCCUGGGAAACUUACUCGCAGGGAUCUGAGUUUUUUUCCCUUUAGGAACGAGAUGAAAAAAAAGAGGUGGCCUGCCUGCUGGCCUUUGGUCCUGUAGUUUUAAUCUCAAGGCUGCCUGCGUGCAUGCAGGCCAGAGCCACCCAUCCUUUUCUUCUUCUUCUUCUUCUUCUUUUUUCGUUUGCUCCUGCUGGCAGCAGUGACCAUGUCUGCACAUUUGCUACUACACCACUGUGUGUGAGAGAUAAUGACAUUGAGCUGCUUUGCUUUGGGUCA